CCUGGUCCCAGAGGACCACAGGGAUUCAUGGGGCCGACUGGUCCACCUGGACAGACUGGGGGGCUUGGGUUCACUGGAUCACCAGGAUCACCAGGAAGUAUGGGACCGAGAGGGUUGAAGGGAGUUCCGGGCGUCAACGGACCUCCUGGCCAACUUGGUGAAAUAGGGCCAAGGGGAGCACCUGGCAAGCAGGGAGAGGAAGGGCCUGAUGAUAUUAUUGGUAUUCCUGGUGUUCCUGGACCACAGGGAAAACCAGGAGGAGAUGGACCACCGGGUCAAAAAGGAGACCCUGGAGAUGCAGGAAUUGAGGGAGGCAUUGGAGAUCCAGGACCACCGGGUAUGAAAGGUGCCGAUGGAAAACCAGGAAAACUUGGACCCUCAGGGUCUGAAAGCCCAGCGUGGAGUGAAAGGAGAUUCUGGCCAAAAGGGAGAUCAAGGUCCUCCGGGUCUGCCAGGUAAACAGGGAUUCAGAGGCAGAGGAGGGCAGUCUGGUGUACAGGGAGAGACAGGCCCUACCGGACCUGCUGGUUUACCAGGGCCCACGGGCUAUGAUGGACCUAUUGGAGAUCCAGGGAGACAGGGAAGAGAUGGACUUAAG